AUGGGAGUCAUUAGCGAUGUGAGAUGGAAUUUCCACAUAAUGUCCCGUGGACGUCAUGCGGACGAUAUACUCAAUAUUAAUGUCGGAGGCAAGAAGUAUACAGUCCGGCGAACAGACAUGUUGGCUGAUCCUCGAUCAAAGCUUGCUGAAUGGUUCAAACCAGGUACCGUGAAACCCAUCGCAACGGAUAAGGGUGGGAACUACUAUUUGGAUCGUGACGCUAAAACUUUCCGCCACAUACUCGCAUAUCUUCGUUUGAAAAAGGAAAAAUUCGUCCCCUCUCUUGCUCUUCCUAGUAAACCAGACGAUUUAGCCAAGUUAGUGGGGGAAUGUGAAGCACUAAACCUUGCCGAACUGAAGGAUCUUGCCCUGGAUCUACUCCAGAAAUAUCAACGAACCGAAGAGCAACACUAUGUGACAUCAUUUGUGCAAGUCACACUCCGUGACUUUGAAAGCUGGCAAUUUGAAAGGGAGCAGAACCAAAUUGCAUUGAAGAAAAAAUCGUCCAAUGAAGAGGAAUAUCAGUCAAAUUCCGCUUACGACGAAUGGGAUAACCUGUGA